AUGGCCCUGAGGCUGGUAAAUGGCACAGGGAGUUGCUCAGGCCGAGUGGAGGUUCUCAUCCAGGGCAGGUGGGGGACUGUGUGUGAUGACCUCUGGGACCUGGCUGAGGCCACAGUGGUGUGCCACCAGCUGCAGUGUGGCCAGGCUGUGGCAGCCCCCUCAGGGGCCCACUUCGGGGCAGGGUCCGGGAAGAUCCUGUUGGAUGAUGUGCAAUGUGUGGGCAGUGAGAGCCACCUUGGGCAAUGCGUGCACAGAGCUGAGGCCGGGCACAACUGUGGGCACCUGGAGGACGCUGGCAUCAUCUGCGCAGCCUAUGAGAACCUGCUUCCCACAUCAUUGGUGAUAUCAGCAGCUCAACACCCACCUUCUUCUGGACCUCCAGGAGGCUGGGCCCCCGUGCGGCUGGUAGGUGGCCAUGGAAGAUGCGCAGGCCGUGUGGAACUCUUCUACCAGGGAGUCUGGGGGACCGUGUGUGAUGACCUCUGGGACCUGCCAGAAGCAAACAUCAUCUGCAGGCAGCUGGGGUGUGGCUGGGCCAUUUUAGCCCCAGGUGAGGCCCACUUUGGGGAAGGCUCUGGGAAGAUCCUCCUUGACAACGUGCACUGUGGGGGAGAUGAACAGCACCUGGAGGAGUGCUCCCACAUCGGCUGGUUUUCCCACAAUUGUGGGCACGGAGAAGAUGCUGGCGUGAUCUGUUCAGAUCGCCCACUGGCUGUCAUAGCAGGAACAAUGGCCACAGAAAAAUCUAGGUGUGGCAGAGUAAUUACCAACUCAUCUGGAGCUAUUAGGAAUCCCCCACAGAACGAAAUGCAUAACAACAUAACCUGUGUGUGGGAAAUCAAGGCUAAUGCAUCUGAUCACAUAUUGCUGGCAUUUCCAUAUCUUAACCUAGAUUGCACCAAUGAAUAUUUUGAAAUCCUGGACGGCCCUCCAUCCUCAACAAAGUCCCUGGGGAAGACCUGCUCUGGGUCCUACCUCACCUACUCGUCCUCCUCCAGCUCACUGACCCUCGUGUACUUCCGAAGCUUCAACAACAUAGGGAAAAACUUCGUUGCUUAUUAUUAUUCUGCAGCCAAAGAGGCAAGUUCAAGGACCCCACAUCUAAUCACAAUCCCAACAGCAACACCCAGGACAGUGACAGCAAGACCAGAGCUCAACCAGCUCAUGGGCAAUGUGCAGUGUCUCUAGAAGACAAUGAUCACCGGGUCUCUAUCUGCAGGGGACUGGCCAGAGCUGCGGCUGGUAGGCGGCUCAGGUCGGUGCUCAGGACGCGUGGAGGUCCUCCACCAGGGGGCCUGGGGCACCGUGUGUGAUGACCUCUGGGACCUGAACGAAGCCGAGGUCGUGUGCCGACAGCUGGGGUGCGGACGGGCCCUGUCCGCCCUGGGGAAGGCCCACUUCGGCCCGGGCUCUGGAAACAUCUUCCUGGACAACCUGCAGUGCUCUGGGGUGGAGCUCCACCUGGGCCAGUGUGCCCACUCGGGCUGGUCGGAGCACAACUGUGGCCACCACGAGGAUGCCGGCAUCAUCUGCUCAGAUGCAGAAGAGCUGCCUCCUCCCACACCUCCAGGUAUGUCCAUAUUUUUUUCUAGUCCAGACAACUUUCCAAUAAUAAUAAUAUCAAAUUUACUUGCAAAUGCUAAGAAACAGACCACCAGGUGGGGAAGUAGCGCCUGCGGAGGGGUCUUGUCAAGUCUCUCUGGAUCCUUUUCCAGUCCACUGUACCCGGAAAGCUACCCGACGGACAUCCAGUGUGUUUGGGAGAUUCAUGUGGAUAAAAAAUUCCGCAUAGAACUCAUGAUUCCAACUUUGAACCUGGAGGAUAUCCUUGGAUGCCCCUACGACUCCGUUGAAAUCUUCGAUGGCCCCAGGAUUGCCUCGCUGUUCAUGGGGAAGUUCUGUGCCUCAACAGCUGUGAUAUUUUUCUCCUCCUCAGACAUCAUGACCGUGGUGUUCCGAAGUGAUUCUAUGAUCACCAACACUGGCUUUUAUGCUCUGUUCAACGCAAUUCCACAGGGCGAAGGGGAGUCAGAAGAUGGACCCCAGCUGCGGCUGGUGGGCGGAUCUGGACGGUGCUCAGGACGCGUGGAGGUCCUCCACCAGGGGGCCUGGGGCACCGUGUGCGAUGACCUCUGGGACCUGAAUGAAGCCCAGGUGGUGUGCCAACAGCUGGGGUGCGGACGAGCCGUUGCAGCCCCUGGAAAGGCUCACUUUGGCCCCGGCUCCGGAAACAUCCUCCUGGAUAACAUUCAGUGUUCAGGAAGCGAGAACCACCUUGGCCAGUGCCCUAGCUCCGGCUGGUUGGACCACAAUUGUGGCCACCAUGAGGAUGCAGGUGUCAUCUGCUCAGACAGCUCUGUGCCAAGUCCCACUUGCGAUCUAGGAAGUAACUCUUGUGGGGGAGUAAUUUCAAGCCUCUUGGGCUCCUUCUCCAGUCCUUGGUAUCCAACGAACUACCCCACUGACGUGGAGUGUAUCUGGGUGAUACAUGUGGCUGAGAAGUUCCACAUAGAACUGGCGAUCCCAAGCCUGAAGUAA